AUGUCGUUAUCCCAGGGACUGAGGUGGUCCGGUCGAGGUAUAGGCAAUGUGCGGCAAAGAUUAGUUAUUGGAUCGCGAGAGGUGCGGCAUUUCUCUCUGCAUACUUCCCGAGUCGCGCGUCCGACAACAAGGGUGACACGAAGCCCGGCCGCAGCGGGCCUAAAGAGCUCACACCAGACUCGCUCACUAUCACUGUUCGGCUGGGGAAGCAAGCAGAAUCCUGAACAGGCUGCGGCCGCCCAACCAUCUUUGACGGAGACAGCUGCGCCAGCGUCGGGCUCGAGCCAAAAUGUUGUCGAGACAGCCCGGACUUUCAAAGCGUCGCAUGCAACCUCCGAGACUCCCGACCUCACUUUCACUCAUCCUCAUCCGGUCAGCGCUGCGGAACCGGAAGCUCUCAGAGAUUUGGAAAACGCAAUACUUAAACCCCACGGGGCUACGCCUCCUAUAGACACGGUGGACGCGACGCCAGAUUUAGCCUCGAUUCCGGAGGGGCUUGGGUAUUUGAAACACGUGUGCGGUCUCGACUUUGGUUGGGGACCGACGGCCAUGUUGGAAGUUUUACUGGAGCACCUCCACAUCACGGCCGGGCUAUCUUGGUCUGCGUCGGUCGUAGGGCUUGCGUUCCUGGUCCGCCUCAUUACUCUUCCAGCAUUUAUUGCUGGGAGUGACCAGUCUGCAAGGCUGCGAGAAGUACAAGGGGUGGUGUCACCACUUCGUGCCGAACUCCAAGAGGCGCUUCGGACCAACAAUCGACAAGUGGCGAUGGAGAAACAACAUGCCCUGAGGGCGAUCAACAAGGAAUACGGCAUCUCUCUUCCCAAAGCAUUUGGCGGUCUUAUGCUGCAGAUUCCUCUGGGGUUUGGAGCGUUCCGUCUACUGCGCAAUGCUGGAACACUGCCUGUGCCCGGGUUCGAGUCGGAACACUUUCUCUGGUUGACCAACCUCUCACUGUCUGAUCCGACAUACAUCCUGCCAUUAAUGAUCGGGGUCAUGACCUACUACAAUUUUAAGAUCAGUCAACGGGCCUCCGUCAACAACAUGGGGAACAUAGUGCGGAUCCUCACCCCACUCCUGCCCAUCGGUUCAUUCGUCUGUCUUGCGUUUCAACCGGCCGCCCUGCAGUUAUACUUCUUGGUCAACAGCAUCUUCACUCAGUUCCAGUCCAUGUUGUUGUACAACUCGGCGUUCCGAAAAUGGGCGGACCUGAGACCGCUCCCGCCGCGCGGCCAGCCUAACUCGCCCACCUCGACGAGCUUCUCCAAGAUGAACGUGGCCCAGAAGCCUGCGGUGGUUGUCCAGCCUACUCCAGCGAAGCCAGUGAAGCCAGUCACGGACCGCAGUGUCAUCGACAAGGGCGUUGAUCUGGUCAAGGAGAAGGGACAACAGGCAUGGAAGAGUACGCUUGGCAAUAUGAGUGACACCUGGCAGAAGGAGAAGCUGAAGAGGAUCGAAAAGGAGAAGCAGGAGAAACGCGCCGCUGCGGUGGCCAAAUACGAGGCCCAACGAAGGCAAGAUCUGGAAGAGCAAAGAUACCAGCGAAAUGCCGGCGCUGUGGGACCCAUGCGGAUCGACAAGAACUCGGAGGCGCCCUUGGCUUCCAGAAGGGAAGACGCCAACUGA